CAAAUAUUGAAGUUUACUGAAUCCUAAAAAGGUAUCCUUCACAGCCUGCGCUGUGAAUGGGGGACUUGUCGUGACCGUACGGUAAGGCAUAACUCUGAAGUGCAGGUUUUCUGCAUGUAUUUUUGGUUUCUUUCUAUCGACAAUGAUAAUUUGACAAGAGGAUGAGCGCGCUAAGUUUUUUCAGUAAAUUCAUAUACUGUGACGCGGCUUAGCUAGCUUUAAUUGUUGCAAAUGUCGGAUCAAAGGAGUUCUUCGAAGCCGGGGCUUCCCCAAAAGCCAGUUACAGGUCAACAGGCAGGGGGCUAUAAGCCACGGCAAAGCUCUCAAGGAUGGACCUCUGGACCACCGCGGGCUAGCAGCACAGGACAAACCCGCUCGAGUUUCCGCAAGUCUACGCGCCACUCCAGCAGGAGCCAGGGUGGCGGGGAGACGGAGCGGCUGCAGGUGGUGAUCGAUGGCGUGGACCGCACGCCCAAGCCGCUGCUGUCGCUCAACCCCACGGUGCUCAAGGGCGCCCAGGGCGACACCACCACCCCCAACAGCGAGGUCUCGGAGUUCUUCAUGGACCGCAUGUCCACCACCGCCUUCACCAAGGCGGGCUGGUACAGCAACGCGGACAGCGGCAACCACACGCCCAAGAGCGAGGCGGAGUACGACUACGAGACCGAGAAGCGGGACCGCGACCGCAAGGCGGCGGAGGACGCGGCAAUUGCGGCCACGCUGGGGGAGGAGGCGGGCGCGGGCGCUGACGCGGCGCGGCGCAGCUCUCGCGAGGAGGAGCCGCCGGCGCCCCCCGUGCUGCUGUCGGAGCGGGACCUGGAGCGCAGCGUGUACCUCACACUGCACGAGACGGAGACCAUAUUCAUCUGGCAGGCGGCGGGUGUGACGGUGGCCAUGGACACGGAGGAGGCGAAGGCGGUUGAGGAGGCCAACCGCCGCUACGCCAACCUGCUGAGCACCAAGCAGGCCACCGACAAGUACGUGGAUGCGGAGGCGCAGACGCUGGUGGCGCUGAAGAAGAGCCGCGACGUGCAGUCGGCGGUGAUGAGCACCCGCGCGGUGGCGGUGCAGGCGACCGCGUGGGACAUCUCGGACACAUUCCGGGCGCUGGACGAGGCUGCCGCCGACGCGGAGGACGACCCCCGCGCCGUCGCCUCCGCCUCCAUGCCCACCAUCAGCCAGAUGGCGGGCAGCGUGGCCAAGUACAAUCCGGCCGCCGGCAAGGGGCCGGACAGCAGCAGCCGCGGCACCAUGGCGGGCGGCACCAGCCAGUCCACCCUCAUGCGCAGCUCCGUGUACGCGGGCGCGCAGUCGUCCAUGUACAGCGGACCCAGCUUCAUCUCAAGUGCGUGGUCAAGUGUGGGCGGCCCAAUGUCCGGCUUCAGCUCCAACCUGCCCAACGGAGUGCCCAUGGAGCCCUCCGCGCAGCCGCCCGAGCCCGCCGACCCGCUGCUGGCGCUGUCGGGGCUGCCCUCCGCGCUGAUGCUCAUGGACUACGCCAUCAACCAGAACAACUACCUGCCGCAGCUGCUGCUGUACAGGGACAUCCAGCCCCUGCCCGGCGUCCGAGCCAGCGUGGCCUCCUCCUCACUCCGCGGGGCCGCAUCAGGCAUGGGAGGCCUCGCGGGCGAUGACGGCGACUCGGACAGCAUGAGCCACGCCGGCGGCACCAGCGCCCGCGACGCACGACCCCUCAGCGCCGCUCCCUCGGACGGCGGCCGCAGCCAUGCGGAGAGCCUCAACCGGGAGCGCUCCUCCGCACAUGGGCCGCGUACGACUUCCUCCGGCCCCGGAACCCUCAGCCGGCAGCCCUCCGAGCGCAGUGUGCCCUUCACCCGGGCCAUGUCCAUGCGGGACACGGCGCACAGCAGCCUGGGAGGGGCGGAGCCGCGGUCGGCACGGCACUCACAUGCAGGCGGCGGAGGGGGCGCGGAGGGAGGAGGCGGCGGCGGAGGUGGCGGGGGAGGCAGGAUUGGCUACGCUGCGAGUGUGGCGGAGAGCAACUGGCCUGAGGAGCUGUUGCAGGAGCUGGCGGACCUGGGUGACGACGCGCCCCGCAUGGAGCACCUGUGGGACUGGGUGUGUCCGCUCACGGCCGGCAAGAACGUCGCGUGCAUGGGCUGGAACAAGGCCAGUCCGGACAUGCUGGCGGUGGGGUACGGCUCCUACUCCUUCGCAUCCGGUAACUCGCAGCCCGCCCCGGACGGCACCGGCCCCACGGAGCCUCGCGGCCUGGUGGCGUUCUGGUCGCUCAAGAACCUGCAGCACCCGCUGUGGUGGUUCGAGGUGAAGGCGGCCGUGACGGCAUUGGACUUUUCGACGUACAGCCCCAACCUGCUGGCCAUCGGGCUGUACGACGGUACGGUUGCCAUCUACGACAUCAAGUCGCGGCAGGGAACGCCCUCCAUGGAGAGCGACGUGCACAGCGGCAAGCACUCGGACCCCGUGUGGAAGGUCAAGUGGCUGGACCACGGCCCCGAGCGCGACGAGCCGCUGGUCUCCAUCUCCACAGACGGCCGCGUCACGCAGUGGUCCAUCGCAAAGGGCCUCGAGUUCUCCGACCUCAUGAAGCUCAAGCGCAUGGCCCGACGCGGCGCAGGGGGCGCGGGAUCCAGCGCCGCCGCCGCCACCGCCAAGGACGGUACCAGCGCCAAGGCAGCGGCAGCGGUGGCAGAGCAGCAGGACGCGUUCAUCAGUCGCCUGACGUCCGGCAUGGCGUUCGACUUUUCCGCGCGCGAUGAGCGGAUCUACGUUGCAGCUACGGAGGAUGGCUGGCUGCACAAGUGCAGUACAUCGUACAGUGAGCAGUACCUGGAGUCGUACCGCGGUCACAUGGGCCCUGUGUACCAGGUGCAGUUCUCGCCUUUCAAGCGGGACAUGUUUGUGUCCGCGUCAGGCGACUGGACGAUACGCUUGUGGCAGGAGGGCCGCGACACGCCGUUGCUGACGUUCCAGGCGUCCACAACGGAAAUCAACGACGUGCAGUGGUGCCAAACCAACUCAACGGUUUUCGGCUCCGUGACGGCGAGCGGGCGGCUGGAGAUCUGGGACUUCUCCCUGUCCACCGUCAAACCCGUCAUGCACCAGAAGACCCCCAUGAAGCUGUCCUGCCUGCUCUUCGCGCCCAGCUACCCCGUGGUGGUUUGCGGCGGGGAGGACGGAGCUGUCAAGGCCUACCGCCUCUUCAACGUAUCCCACGAGUAUGACACGCCGCAAGAGCAGCUUGAACGGUUGGAUGACUGCAUCCGGGCAAACGUAAUGAAGAGCCAGGCUGUAGCGUGAGCGAAGUGACUUGCGUGUGUGAAGACAACUGUGCGUGGGAUGGUAUGCACGGAACCGGUGCGGUACAGGGUUGUAUUACAGUGACUGUUGACUAGGCGCCGGACUGUACGGUAGGCCAUCGACGGAGAGUCGAUGGGGAGCCCGUCUACCGUAUGUGAGCGCGGCAAACAUGACCUUGAACACUGAUGUCUGGUGGGCAAACGAACGAGGAAACCUCACUAGGUCGCUAUCCUAGGAUGCAUCAUGAUAACGGCUGGCUGAAGCCAAGUACGUAACCACUCUGUACAAAGCGCAGAAUUACUAUUGGGCGUCAUGCAAGAUGCCUCCAAAAGGGGCUGCACCAGGCAACAUAGUGUGGUGCCCCAACGGCGUACCGUGCAAAACCGUGACAUGGGGUGCG